UUCCCGCCGGACACUUUAUGUGGUUGCACACAGAUGGAGAGCACCAGUUCGGCUCUUUGGAUAUAAACUGUAUUUUUUAUCGAAAACUGUGCAGGAGACAUGGAGCGGCCAUCUUGUGUUGUGGAAGAUUUGAAGCAGUUUGUUGUCAAUGAAGCUCCACAAACUGCGUUUUACAUCCCGGAUUUCAUAUCAGAGGAAGAGGAGUCCUUCCUCCUGCAGCAGGUGUACAAGUCCCCCAAAACCAAAUGGACCCAGCUGUCCGGCCGCCGGCUCCAGAACUGGGGCGGCCUGCCGCACCCCAAAGGCAUGCUGGCCGAGACGCUUCCUGACUGGCUCCAGAGCUGCUGUGAGAAAGUCUCGUCUCUGGGAGUGUUCGGUGGGAAAACGGCCAACCACGUGUUGGUGAACGAGUACAAGCCAGGCGAAGGCAUCAUGGCCCACGAGGACGGCCCGCUGUACCACCCCACGGUCAGCACCAUCAGCCUGGGCUCGCACACCCUGCUGGACUUCUACCGGCCCGUCUGCAGUCAGGACGGGCUGCAGACCCAGCAGAGCCGCUACCUGCUGUCCCUCCUGCUGAGGCCGCGCAGCCUGCUGGUCCUGCAGGACGACAUGUACMGUCAGCUGCUGCACGGCAUCCAGAACCGGGACMKGGACCCSCUGACGGACCUGGUGGCCAACCUGUCUGCCGCCGGGGCGCGGCCCGGGGAGACGCUGRGCAGGGGAACCAGGGUGUCGCUCACCAUCAGACACGUUCCCAAAGUGAUCAGAACCAGGAUGGUUCUGGGAAGGAAAUGACCCGACCGGAUCAGAACCAAACCAGAACCACAGCUGGAAGAGUCUCAUGAUGAAUGCUUUGGUCUGAAUUAUUAUUAUUACUGUUACUGCAGGAACAACAUUCCUAUGUGAAUUUUAAAAAUGAUCUAUUCAAAUAUUAAUAAAACGCAUCGCUAACUGAAAAGUUUGUUCCUCUAAGCCUAAAGCGCUAAUCAUAAACAUUAGUGACGCUGAUACAUGGUGUUCAGCAGAAACCAACACUAAUCUGUUCUACCAAUAUUUAGCAAAGGCUCAUGCUAAGACGCUAUUUAUUCCAACAUGGUGUUUAAUGGAAGCUAAUGCUAAAGUGUAUUAGCUUUAAAGUGCAUUUAUAGUAGUUGAGCAUCGUUAACUCUGGUGCUGAUUUUGGCUAAUUAAAUUUGGUCAGAAAGCACACAGACAGCGAUGCAUUCAGGGUACAAGACAAAUAUAAUUUACKGCACUUGGUGCUUCAGAAUUUAUGCAGAAAAUUAAUUUAGGGGAAGCUAAGUGCACUAAAUGUUUUCAAAGUUAGCAAAAAAGCUAAUGUGCUAACUAAAAAAAAAAAUUAACUCGGUGGAAGCGUACCAACAUGGAUAGUCAUGGUGAUAAAUUUCUGGUGACAAAUUAUUUGUAUCAUCUGAAAAUAUGUCAACAUUUUAUAUGUUACAUAUUUGCUGUCAUAAAUGCAACAGCUUAAAAACUGAUUUAUGUCUUAUUUUGCUGGGCCUUUUUUCUUUUUGUAAUAACCAAAAUAAAUAAAUUAUUU